UUCAUGGGCUGCACUGGUCGUGCCCGCUUGGGGAGCAGCACCCAGAGCAGUGCCAGGCACACCCAGGGCGCUCCAUAAGCGGCCGGCGGAGACAGGCGCUCACCACAAGGCCGCUGUGUUCUGCGCCGUUUCCCCACUAGGGGGCACUCGUCGAGAGCCCUAGGCAACAGCUUCCGCUUUUGCGCACGCGCACUCCUUGCCGUGGCUUAAGUACGUGAGCAAAGCCGUACGGGGCGCGGUUGCCGCCACUACGCACGCGCAUUCAGCGACAGACCAUCCCCCUCACCCCCAAUACCUGGCCGCCCUUCGCUUUGCGCAGGCGCCUUUAAGGUAGCAUUGCAAAGAGGUAGGGGCGCUUUUCCCGCCCGGCCUGGGGGAGUGACGCCAGACGCAGCUUGAUGACGACAUUUCGGCGCCGGGUGUCCGAAUGGCGGUUUCCAUCCCUGAGGCAGGCAGCGCUGUGGGUCCCUCGGUGGUUUGCUAAGGUGGCCAUUCUUGAUGCUCCACUGGAGGCUGCUAUGGCGUUCCCUCAUCUGCAGCAACCCAGCUUCCUAUUGGCCAGCCUGAAAGCUGACUGUAUAAAUAAGCCCUUUGCACAGCGGUGCCAAGACUUGGUUAAAGUCAUUGAGGAUUUCCCAGCAAAGGAGCUGCAUGCCGUCUUCCCGUGGCUGGUGGAGAGCAUUUUCGGCAGUCUGGAUGGCAUUCUCGUUGGCUGGAACCUCCGCUGCCUACAAGGACGGUUGAACCCUGUGGAGUAUAGCAUCGCCAUGGAAUUUCUAGAUCCUGGUGGCCCAAUGAUGAAGUUGGUUUAUAAACUUCAAGCUGAAGACUAUAAGUUUGACUUUCCCGUCUCCUACCUGCCUGGCCCUGUAAAAGCAUCCAUCCAGGAAUGCGUCCUCCCUGACAGCCCUCUGUACCACAACAAGGUCCAGUUUCCCCCAGCCGGAGGUCUUGGCCUGAACCUGGCCCUCAAUCCGUUCGAGUAUUAUACGUUCUUCUUUGCCCUGAGCCUUAUCACUCAGAAGCCACUCCCUGUGUCCCUCCACGUCCGUACAUCAGACUGUGCCUACUUCAUCCUGGUGGACAGGUACCUGUCGUGGUUCCUGCCCACUGAAGGCAGCGUGCCCCCCCCACUUUCCUCCAGCCCAGGGGGGGCUAGCGCCUCACCAGCUCCCAGGACCCCAGCCAUGUCCUUUGCUUCCUAUGGCCUCCACCACACCGGCCUCCUGAAGCGACACAUCUCCCAUCAGACAUCUGUGAAUGCAGACCCUGCCUCCCAUGAGAUCUGGAGGUCAGAAACUCUGCUCCAGGUUUUUGUUGAAAUGUGGCUUCAUCAUUAUUCUUUGGAGUUGUACCAAAAAAUGCAGUCCCCUCAUGCCAAGCUGGAGGUUCUGCACUACCGGCUCAGUGUCUCCAGCGCCCUCCACAGCCCUGCGCAGCCCAGCCUCCAGGCCCUCCACGCCUACCAAGAGUCAUUCACGCCCACCGAGGAGCACGUGCUGGUGGUGCGCCUGCUGCUGAAGCAUCUACAUGCCUUUGCCAACAGCCUGAAGCCAGAGCAGGCCUCUCCCUCCGCCCACUCUCACGCCACCAGCCCCCUGGAGGAGUUCAAACGGGCUGCUGUCCCGAGGUUUGUCCAGCAGAAGCUCUACCUCUUCCUGCAGCACUGCUUCGGCCACUGGCCCCUGGAUGCGUCGUUCAGAGCCGUCUUAGAGAUGUGGCUGAGCUACCUGCAGCCGUGGAGGUAUGCACCUGAGAAGCAGUCACAGAGCAGUGACUCCCAGCCCCGGUGUGUGUUGGAGAAAUGGGCACCCUUUGUUCAGGAGAACCUGUUGAUGUACACCAAGCUGUUUGUGGCCUUCCUGAACCGUGCACUCCGCACAGAUCUGGUCAGCCCCAAGAACGCUCUCAUGGUGUUCCGAGUAGCCAAAGUAUUUGCCCAGCCCAACUUGGCUGAAAUGAUCCAGAAAGGUGAGCAGCUGUUCCUGGAGCCAGAGCUCGGCAUCCCGCACCGCCAGCACCGACUCUUCACGGCUCCCACACUCACUGGCAACUUCCUGUCGCCCUGGCCGCCGGUGGUCACGGAUGCCUCCUUCAAAGUGAAGAGCCACGUCUACAGCCUGGAGGGCCAGGACUGCAAGUACACUCCGAUGUUUGGGCCUGAGGUCCGCACCCUGGUCCUUCGCCUCGCUCAGCUCAUCACACAGGCCAAGCAGACUGCCAAAUCCAUCUCUGACCAGUGUGUGGAGAGCCCAGCUGGCUCUUCUUUCCUGUCAUGGCUGGGCUUCAGCCCCAUUGACACCAACUGCCCCUACCCAGCCAAUGACCUGGACGAGAUGGGGCAGGACAGCAUCCGGAAGACAGAUGAGUACCUGGAGAAGGCCCUGGAGUACCUGCGCCAGAUAUUUCGGCUCAGCGAAGCCCAGCUCACGCAGCUCUCACUCGCCUUGGGGACCACUCAGGAUGAGAAUGGAAAGAAGCAGCUCCCAGACUGCAUCGUGGGUGAGGAUGGACUCAUCCUCACACCCCUGGGCCGGUACCAGAUCAUCAACGGGCUGCGAAGAUUUGACAUCGAGUACCAAGGGGAUUCAGAGCUGCAGCCCAUCCGGAGCUAUGAGAUCACCUGGUUGGUCCGUGCUCUCUUCCAGCUGUCGUCUGCCAUCAACCGCAGAUUUGCAGGUCAGAUGGUAGCUCUGUGCUCCCGCAAUGACUUCCUUGGCAGCUUUUGUCGCUACCACCUCACAGAGCCAGUGCUGGCCAACAGGCACCUGUUGAGUCCCGUGGGGCGGAGGCAUGCAGCUAGCCAGGCCCGGGGCCCCAGGCUCAGCCUGCGCUUCCUGGGCAGCUACCGGACGCUGCUCUCACUCCUGCUGGCCUUCUUUGUGGCCUAUCUGUUCCGGGUAGGGCCCCUGCUCUGCACCCUGCUCCUUGUCCUGGGCUACAUCCUCUACGCCAUGGCCAUGACGGUGCUGACGGAGCGGAGCAAGCUGCAUCAGCUCUGAUGGGUUGGCCGCUAUCUGCACAGCAGACUGGGGGGUUUGCCUGGGAGGCCACUUCCAAGCUAGACCGUAGUCAUCUUUGGGCUGCUAGUGGGUGUUUUCCUGCAACAGGGGAGUCGUUCAGAAGAAACUGAACCGACAAGGGAGAGCAGUUGAGGUGUGACGAGGAAGGGGGUGGCAGUAGAGGGCACAUGUACCAUGCUGUGUGACAGCCCGGCUGCCAGCCCCUCACUCGCAGCCCGAGGCCUUUUGUUCAGUAACCAUUUUAGUAUUUUCCUGUGUAAAGUUUAGGAGCCAGUGUGCUGGCUUCAGCCUGUCCUCCCUGGCCCUAGAGGGCAGCCCCCUCCACUCUGGCUGUUCCUAAGGAGCUACCUGACGCCGCUCUCACUCCUGCUGGCCUUCUUUGUGGCCUGUUCUGGGUAGGACCCCUGCUCCGCACCCUGCUCCUUGUCCUGGGCUACAUCCUCUAUGCCAGAGUGGGUUGUGACACUUCCUCUCCCCAUGUGGUACUGGGAUGGUGGCUCAGCCUCCUGUCCAGGGAAGAACUGAAGUUUCUAAAAGAAAAUCUUAAAAAAAAAACUACAGGCUGGCACUCCUUUGAUUCCUAAUACAAAGCUACAUUUCACGACCACGUUUGGCAAAGUAAGGGUCUAUCUUCGUGUUCUCCCAGCCACUCCAGGACUGGGCCAUAGAGUUCCACCUUGGAGGAGCCGAGGAUCCUCUCAGAACACAAGUGCUUCACCCUGGCCCCCAAGCCAUGAGCAGGUAACCCAGUGCCCAGCGUUACUGCCUGCCAUACCUCGUUACAAACAGAAACUGGUCCUUGGGCAUGGGGAACAUCGAGGUCAAGGUUGAUUGGUUGGAUCUUACCAUUUUCUGUUCUACAGCCACCACAGAUGGUCAGAGCGUUAUGUGUAUCUUCAGGAAAAUCAAGUGCUCAAAGACAGUGACCUUUUGGUAACACUUAAGUGUUCAAAAUGUACAGCAGUUAUGUGUUCACUGUCUUAAAUCCCCACAGGGUCUCACAUACCUACAGAUGCAUCCUGCAGGUGACAGCAGGGAGAAUAGCAUCUCAGUGGGAUUUCUGAACCAAGCCUUUGUUUUUGUUGUUUUUCUAUCAUUUUUCAAAUUAUAAAUGUUGGACUUUGUAUUUCAUCGUAAACUCAGAGUAAUGGCAUUUGGGGGCCUGUGACCAAAAAUCAAACCAAACUUGUAACUGGCCAUGGAUCUGAAUAAACCUGUUGCUCUUCCUGAGUCUUCCAGCGCCUUUGCUGGAUCUCCAGUCA